AUGGAAGAGGUAGAGGUGGGGGUAGAGGAGGUUGGGAGGGAGGAGGUGGGGGUGGAGGUGGAGGUGGAGAAGGUGGGGAUGAACGUGGAGAUGGAAGAGGUAGAGGUGGGGGUAGAGGAGGUUGGGAGGGAGGAGGUGGGGGUGGAGGUGGAGGUGGAGAAGGUGGGGAUGAACGUGGAAAUGGAAGAGGUAGAGGUGGGGGUAGAGGAGGUUGGGAGGGAAGAGGUGGGGGUGGAGGUGGAGGUGGGGAUGAACGUGGAGAUGGAAGAGGUAGAGGUGGGGGUAGAGGAGGUUGGAAGGGAGGAGGUGGGGGUGGAGGUGGAGGUGGAGAAGGUGGGGAUGAACGUGGAGAUGGAAGAGGUAGAGGUGGGGGUAGAGGAGGUUGGGAGGGAGGAGGUGGGGGUGGAGGUGGAGGUGGAGAAGGUGGGGAUGAACGUGGAGAUGGAAGAGGUAGAGGUGGGGGUAGAGGAGGGAAGAGGUGGGGGUGGAGGUGGAGGUGGAGAAGGUGGGGAUGAACGUGGAGAUGGAAGAGUUAGAGGUGGGGGUAGAGGAGGUUGGGAGGGAGGAGGAGGGGGUGAACGUGGAGGUGGAGGAGGUAGAAGUGGGGAUGCAGGAGGUGGGGGUGUAGCAGGUGAACGUGUAGGAGAUGGCGGAAGAAGAAGAAGAGGAGGGCGAAGAAGACGGAGAAGAAGAAGAAGACGAGGAAAAAGAAGAGGAAGACGAGUAGGAGGGGGUGGUGGAAGACCUGGUAGAGGAGGUGAAUGUGAACGAGUUGAUGGUGGAGGAGGUGGGGGUGGAGGUGGAGGAGGUGGCGGGAGAAGAGGUGGGGGUGGAGGAGGUGGUGGGUUAGGGGGUGGGGGAGUAGGAGGUGGGGUUGAACGCGGAGGUGGAGGAGGUGGGGGUCGGGCUGGACAAAGUGGGGCUGUGGGUGGAGGAGGUGGAAGAGUUGGUAGUGGACGUGGAGCUGGAGGAGGUGGGGGUGGGGGUGGGGGUGGUGGAUGUGGGUGUGGACUUGGACUUGGACUUGGACUUGGAUGUGGAGGAGGAGGAGAUAAUGAAAAAGGCAGAUCAAAUCACUUAGGUGAUUGUUACCAGUGUAUAGCACUGACCCAAGUGUAA